CAACCUCCCUCUGCACACACAGACACACUCCUGAAUCACUGGUGACUUCAAGACACCAAACCCGAACCAGCUGGCAACUUCUACCCCGCUGACUCCUUAACAAGCUCCACUGGCAGCUUCUGCAGCCUCCACUGGUCCAGGAUGAAGAUCUGUGCUCUGCUGCUGCUGUCUGUCGUGGGCCUGUCAGCGCAAUGGAAGGUCAAGACCAAAGGGACUGACUGUUCUCAGAUCAGGAGAACGUCCCCGACUGCUGCCAGCGGCGUGUAUUGGAUCCAGCCCCCAGGAGUGAGGAAGCCUUUCCGGGUGUACUGUGAGAUGCUGGCGGACGGGGGCUGGACGGUGUUCCAGAGACGAACGGGCAGCACUCUGUCCUUCAGACGGAACUGGGCGGCGUACCGGAUGGGCUUCGGAAUACCAGGAAAGGACCAGUGGCUGGGCCUGGAGAGGGUCUACUCCCUGACCAGGACCCCCGGGACCAGGUGGUCGCUGAGGGUGGACCUCUGGGACCACGAGGGAGGGACCGCCUACGCCCAGUACAGUGACUUCCGGCUGGCCGAUGAGCAGCAGGCGUACAGGCUGACAGUCGGAAGUUUCCAAGGGAACGCAGGGGAUGCGAUCAAAGGCGUGUAUGCGGGCAUCGACCAGAACGGUUCUGGGUUCAGCACCAUGGACCGGGACAACGACGGCUGCAACCCCUGCAUCUUCGGGGACAUCGCGGUGGACCACUGCGCGAGGGAUAAGCAGGAGGGCUGGUGGUUCAGCCGAUGUGGCUCCGCCUCCCUCAACGGAGAGUGGCACCCCAGGGGCCAAAACAUUGGCUGGAGCUCGGGGCUCCACUGGAAAACCUGGAAGGGCCCGGCGCCGUACUCCGUCAGCGCCUCGCGCAUGAUGAUCAAGUCCCUGUAGAGGAGUGCUGCUCAAGUGGGGGUACACAUGCCCUUAUGGGUACUUCUGAGUACUGACGAGUUAAAUCAAAGUCUAAUUUAAAAGGGUCUCUUUUUUUUUUUUAUCCAGAAUUUUCAUUUCAAUUCUGAAAGCUGGAUAUAAAAAAGAAAAAAUGUGAUAAAUCGUAAAUGUUAAAAAAAAUAAAAAAAUCCAUGAAAAAUAAACCGCAUCCAGAAACACCAAAAUGUUGUAAUGUGAUUCACAUCUACAUGAUCCUCCCCUGGCGUUGGGCUUCCUUUUGAGGUGAGAAACGAGCCAUUAGCAGGCACUGUAGGACCCAUUUAGUUCCUGCAUUGUGCUGGGACUCGCUGUCUCUAUGAUCGUUCCAGUCAAUAAAACACUCUGCUUCACCAAU